GUUUUUUUUUUCUGAUCUAUAAUCGCCCUUAAACUUUGAAUACGUGUCCUAAAAAGUCUAUUAGCAAAUACUACGAAAAAUAUAAGGACUUGAACUUAGUUCCUUGUAAUUUCACAAAUUAUGACAAGUGGAAAAGAAAAGUUGAAUAACCGACAUACGUUAUAAUAUGAGAUUAAUGGGAGCGAGGGAGAUAAAAAUAUUGUAUUGUAGUCGUGACUUGAUGUACAGCAGCUGUUCGUUUUAGUUCAGUUGCGCUUUGGAUAGCGCUUUGUGCAGACGUGGAGUGUAAAAUUUCGCAUUAAAUACGAUAAAUAUUUACGUAGGUUUAGCAAAAAACACGUGAAAAUGUCGGUAAACGCGGCUCCAAGUAAAAAACAACCACCCAGACAGUUGAGGGAACGUAAACAAAAGAAACUUUAUUCGGAAGAUUGGGCCGUGGGCGAGGAAGACAUCGAAGGUCAUCGAACGUUUAAUCUACAAGAAAAAUUAGAAGAUCCAUCGUUCGCUUCUCAUAAUAUUGUUAAAGAAAUGCACGGUAGCGAAUUGAACGUCGCUUAUUUUCAAAGGCACGGUUUCAAUACCCCGUUAUUGUUUAAGGAAAAGACUGGAUUGGGACUAAGGGUACCAACUUCGAAUUUUACAAUAAACGACGUAAGAAUGUGCGUGGGUUCUCGACGCGUUUUAGACGUAAUGGACGUAAAUACGCAAAAAAAUAGUGAAAUGACAAUGAAAGAGUGGCAAAAAUAUUACGAGGAACCCGAAAAAGACAAAUUAUUAAAUGUGAUAUCUUUAGAAUUUUCUCAUACUAAAUUAGAAAAUUAUGUACAAAGUCCGACCGUAGUAAGACAAAUAGAUUGGGUGGAUUGCGUGUGGCCUAGACAUUUAAAAGAAAGUCAAGUAGAAGCGACUAACGUCCUCGAAGAAAUGAAAUACCCCAAAGUUCAAAAAUAUUGCCUUAUGUCAGUAAAAGGGUGCUACACGGAUUUCCACGUAGAUUUCGGAGGAACGUCCGUUUGGUAUCACAUCCUCAAAGGGGGGAAAGUAUUUUGGUUGAUACCGCCGACGGAAAGUAAUUUGGAAUUGUACGAACGUUGGGUAUUAUCUGGUAAACAAUCUGAUAUUUUCUUCGGGGAUACGGUGGAAAAAUGCGCCAGGAUUGUUUUACAGGAAGGAAAUACGUUUUUCAUUCCCACCGGGUGGAUACACGCAGUCUACACACCCGUAGAUUCGUUGGUUUUUGGCGGGAAUUUUUUGCAUUCCUACGGUAUAGAUAAACAACUCAAAAUAGCACAAGUCGAGGAUACGACGAAGGUUCCACAGAAGUUUCGGUAUCCUUUUUUCACAGAAAUGUUAUGGUACGUACUCGAGAGGUACGUACAUUGUUUAUUAGGAAAUUCUCAUUUAACGACAGGUCAGGACGCCCCCAUACCACCAGAUAGGAUGCAUAUACACCUCACGCAAGCCGAACUGCACGGCUUAAAAGAAAUCGUUUUGUACCUUCACAUGUUACCGCCGCACAAAAAAAACGUCCCCGAUUUACUCAAGGAUCCGAUUUCGUUAAUACAGGACGUCAGGACUCUGAUCGGUCUUCAUCGACAGGAUAGCAGAGAACUUGCUAUAACCGGUCGACCAAUUCUAACAGUUCCCGAUGAUUUCGAAAAUAAAUCGAAACUUUCGAUUCCCAGGGGUCCGUACAACAAAGGAAAUAAUUUAAAUAAAUUACCGAAACCUACCGGGGUUUUUAAGGGACCUAGAAGUUCUGGAGAAAAAGGAGGACCAAGGAGAAGACGAACUAGAUGUAAAAAAUGCGAGGCUUGUCAACGGAGCGAUUGUGGGGAAUGCAGUUUUUGUUUGGAUAUGGUAAAAUUCGGGGGACCGGGACGUGCUAAACAGACUUGCAACAUGAGGCAAUGUUUGCAACCGAUGUUGCCGGUUACGGCGGCGUGUUCGCAUUGCGGCUUGGACGGAUGGAUGCAGACGCCGGUGACGCCCCUACAGAAAGGACCCCAAAGGUGCGAAAGCGCCAGCAACUUGAUGGAAUGUUCGGUAUGUUACGAGAUAGCCCAUCCCCAAUGCGUUCAACGUUUAUGCCCCGAAUUCACCGGCUACAUAAACGAAGACAUGCCAAAUUCAUGGGAAUGCCCGAUGUGUUGCAAAUUAGGCAAAAACACCGAUUACCGACCGAGACAUUUUCGCGCCCGCCAAAAAUCCUCGGAUAUACGACGCAUGUCGAUAAGUUCGGACGCUUCGAGCGCCAUCGAUAACAAAAUCCAUCAAGAACACAUCUCUGAUUCAGGUAGCGACACUGAACACAAAGAUCCCUUACCGAUAAAAAAGAGAAGAUCCAGCGAAAAUACCGAAAUCGAAAUAAAAACCACCCCCCCGUUGGAUCCGCCGAGGAAAACGGCCUUUCGGAUGCAACUCGCCCAACAAAUAGUCAGCAAUUCGACUAAAGUAUUAAAAAAACCGAUGGUAGUUGUACGACCGGCUCCGAUACCAUCCGCACCGACGGCACCCACGAACAACCUAGCCAUGGAUAAACGUUGCAUGUUGUUGAUAUUUCGUUAUUUAACGCCCGGCGAAUUAUUAACGGCGGCAACGGUGUGCAAAAGCUGGGCAACCUUCACCGUCGAUCCUUCGUUAUGGAAAAAAAUGUCUUUCAACCGGAAACAUAUAUCAUCGGAUAUAUUGAAAGGUAUAGUUAGAAGACAACCGGAAUGUUUGAGUUUGGAUUGGUGCCAUAUUAACAAAUUCCAAUUACCUUGGUUGAUACAACGUUUGGGGCAAUUGAAGGAAUUAUCUUUGGUAAGCGUCAACGUAAAAACGGCCAUAUCGUUGAAAUCGAAUCAUUCCGCCGUAUUGGUGGCUUUAGAUUUGAGUUUCAUAUCGGAUUUCAACGAUUCCGCUUUGAGGGAUAUAAUUGGUCCGAAUAGCGAUACCAGAACGGUUUUGGCAUCGGAAAAAAUCCGAUUUAGAAAUUUGAAAAAUUUAAAAUUGGCCGGUACCGAUAUAACCGAUAUAGCUUUGAGGUACGUAACUCAAUAUUUACCCAAAUUGCAGUAUCUCGGUUUGGGGAUGUGUCCGAGAAUAUCCGACGCCGGUAUAGCUCAAUUGACGACUAAACCAUCGAAUACCGUUACUAAUUUGAUUGGUUUGGAUUUGAGUCAUUCGAAAUUGGUUACGGAAAACAGUUUGGAACAUUUAUCGAAAUGCGAAAAUUUGGUUAGGUUGGAUUGUAGGCACGCGUUGCAGAUAUCGACGCAGGCGCUUAUCAAAUUCGCCGCCAAAAGCGAUAAGAAUUUGCAGGUUAGGGAUAUCAAAUUGGUCGACGUUAGACAGAAGAAUUAAUCGAUAUAUUAAAUGAAAAAAAAAAAAGAUAGAGGAAUCGUUGUUACCGAAAAAUUCGUUACUGAUUAGAAAAAUUUUUUAUAAAACAAAUUGUCGGUAAUAACUCGUUCCCCCUAGUGAUAUAAACGAUGUAGUGUUCCGCAAUAUAGUUUGAUAUGAGACUAAAGUUUUUCGGUACCACCUGUAUAAUUAAUAAUUUGUUUUCGUUUCUUUUUCUUUAUAUAUAUAUAUAUAUAUAUAUAUAUAUAUAUACAUUUAUUUAUUAAUAAACCCUACUUUGGACUUUAUUUUGUACAUUACCCUGUAUAUUUAACGAAUAAUUUCUUUUUUUUUUUUUUGAAAAGAUUGUUACGAAAUUAAUGAUUAAUGUCAAUUUAUUAAAAAAUGUUCAACAUAACCUCAAAUAUUCCAUUUCUACGUUAUUACUUUGUUUUGUUUUUUUUUUAUAUAUAUAAUUUGUUCAUAAUCUAAAUGUUAUGAUUUUUAUGAAUUUUCGAAUUUAACUCGUAUUAUAACAUUUUUAAUUGAAAAUCGAUUUUUUUUACUUUGUAUUAAGGAAAUUUUUUAAUAAGUGGCAACAACGCUAUAUUAGUGGUAAUAUUCGAUUAUUUAUGGUAUUUGAAUGAAUUUUUUUGUAUAAAUUAUUACAAAAAAUGAUUUUUUUUAUAAUUUUGGUAAAAAAUACUUAAAAUUACGUGGAUUACUUUUCAUUUUCUCCCAUUAAAAAUGGCGAAACAUCUAAAAGGACUAAUAUCAAUCUUUUCGAUUCGAAAAUCGAUUAAUAUUUCUAUAACGUCGAUUUGUGGCGAUUCUCUUUUUUAAAAUCGAUUCCGAAAAUUCUUUUAUUUUUUUAACCUCAAAAUUCCGUUGUUAAUGUCUUCUAUACUCCCCCGAGAAUGUGGAAAAAACAUUUAAAAAGACACGUCAAUACGUAGCAAUUUUCGAAUAAAAAAUUGAUUGUAACGAGAAUUUGUGGCGAUUCUCGACUUAAAAAUCGAUACCUAUCGAUAAAUAUAUUUUUUUAACCUCAAAAUUCCGUGAAUAAUUUCUUCUAUUCUCCCUAAAAAAAGUUGCAAAAAACUUUUAAAAGGACUAACGUGAAUCUUUUCUAUUCGAAAAUCGAUUUUAACGUCAAUUAGUUUUUAAAAUCGAUUCCUAUUCAUGCAUUAGUUUCAAAAGAUAAUGGAUUAAUUACAUUCUGCUCGUUUUUUUAAGAAUUAAUAAUCGAUUUUUUUAAAAAAACUUCUGAUUCUGUCAAAACAACUCAAAUUGAAUCAAAAAUCGAUUCUUAUCCAUACAUUCUUUUUAAAUAAUAACAUUCCGAUUCUAUUUUCAGAAAUUGAUAAUCAGUUUCUUAAAAAAAAUAAUUUCUGAUGUCAAAACAAUUAGAAUCAAUCUUCUUUCAUUUCAUUCUGCUUCUCUUUUUGAUUAUUGAUAAUCGAUUUCUUAAAAGAAAACUUCUGAUUCUGUCAAAACAAUUAAAAUCGAAUCUUAUCCAUAGAAAUUUUUGUAAAAAAAUCGAAAACCAUUUUCAAACAUCAUUUUCAUUUGAGGUAAUUAAACGAAAUAAAAUCGUAUACGGUCGUGCUAGAUCGUUUUCGCUAUUCCUAAGAAAUAAUUAAACUAAUAAACUUUUAAUAAAACAUAACCUCAAAUAUCAUCAUUACUGCCUUUAUAAAUUUUAUUUAUAUUCUCGAGUAUUCAAUUAAGUUCAUAUUCCUCGUAUUAUAUUUAUAAACUAUUAGGUGAAUCCCAACGUAAAUAAGAUACCUCUAAUUAUUUUAAUAGUAACAAUAUUUUCAAAAAAAAAAAUGUAUGUUAAAAAUGAUUAAUUUUUUUGAAAAAUUCUUUCAUGUAUAUAUAAAAAAGUUUUUUUCGGAAUUCUCUUUUCUAUUUUUAAAAUAUUCUUUCUAUAUCGGUUUUUUGACUAUUUUUCUAUUUAUGUUGAUUUUAGUAUUACCUCUAGUUUUAUCAUCUUCUUUUAACUUUUUGUUUCAUGAUCGUUAAUCUUUUUACUUUUCAAUUACCUUUUAUUUAUUAUUAAAAACUAUUAUUAUCCUAUCUAAAAUUCUAUCAAUUUAAAUUUAGUGGCCUUUUCUCUUAUUUCGUUUCCAAAUUUAACAAUCAAACCUACUACACUUCUAUUAUCUAGUGGAUAUUUUCAUCUUAUAAAAAAGAA